AUGACUGAUCUUGAGAGUAAAAGAAACGAACUCCGUUUGCUUCGUGAAUGUCUGCUGGAUGAUCAAGCUCGACUCGCUGAAAAAAAAGUAUCACCAGAGUGGAUGGAUCUAGAUGUGUCGCUAAGAGACAAUGAGGAGACAAGACUUGUUGAACUUCGCACUUAUAUUCGUAUAGCCGAGUGGCAAGUUCGUCAAUUAGAGGAGAGGGAGAGACUGGAGAGACAAACAUUGCGUCACAACGGAUGA